AUGACCUCCAACAUCAAGAUCGGGCCUUACAUGCUGCUCGAGACCCUCGGCGUCGGCUCGUUUGGAAAAGUCAAACGUGCGGUGCACUCGCUCACAGGACACACAGUCGCCAUCAAGAUCAUCAACAAGAACAAAGUCGUCAACCAGGACAUGUUUGCCCGUGUCAAACGGGAGAUCCAAUAUCUCAAGCUCUUGCGACACCCACACAUCAUCAAAUUAUACGAGGUCAUUUCGACACCAACAUCAAUAUACAUGGUCAUCGAGUAUGCGGGAGGAGAACUUUUCAAUUACAUUGUCGACAACACAAGGUUAUCCGAAGAGGAGGCACGGCGAUUCUUUCAACAAAUUGUGUGUGCGAUUGAAUACUGCCACCGGCACAAGAUUGUACACAGGGAUCUCAAGCCGGAAAACCUGUUGCUGGAUCCAUCGAUGAAUGUCAAGAUUGCAGACUUUGGUCUGUCCAACAUUAUGACCGAUGGAGACUUUUUAAAGACAAGUUGUGGAAGUCCAAACUAUGCCGCUCCAGAAGUUAUUUCAGGAAAACUUUACGCAGGACCAGAGGUUGAUGUGUGGAGCUGCGGUGUGAUCCUCUAUGUCAUGCUGUGCGGCAUCUAUUCACUCCCCUCAUUCCUUUCACCCGAGACAAAAUACCUCUUGACGUCAAUGCUUGUGGUCGACCCUCUUAAGCGCAUCACUAUCGCAGAGAUCCGACAGAACGCCUGGUUCAAUGUAGGCCUUCCCGAAUACCUCAAACCAUUACCACAGGGAUCGAACGAGGACGCAUUUUGCAAUCUGCAGGACGAUAUCAUUACGGAGCUGAUGAAAAAGAUGAAUUUUUCCAAAGAGACCAUUAUAAAGGCGCUGGAGGAACGGCAAAACAACCAGAUCAAGGUCGCGUACCAACUCGUUGUUGAUCACCGGCAGAUGAUUGAGAAUGCUUCACAUAUGUCGCCACAGAAACCAUUCCAGAGCUUCUUAGCCACAUCGCCUCCGCCUUGGAAUACAACGGACAAGGACGCUUCGCCCAACAAAUCAACCGUAGGAUCUUCAGUGGGAUCGGCAUUGAAAUCAGGACUUGAAGGCGACACCUCUGACGACUCGGUCGAUUCCCCUGUACCGUCCUCUAUUACAGUCCUAAGCACAAGUCUUCCAGGAAACUCGUUGGCCAAGGAACUCCAUCGAAAGGCGUCCCUGAAAAACACCAGGCGGGAUCGUGCCGUUAGUUAUCCUCACUCACCUCUCCAACCGCAAUCGCCUACUUUUGCGCACCAGGACCAUACGACGACGGCGUUCCAUCAGGCAGCGGUGUUGGGCAACAGCAGCAGUUCUGGAGGCGGUGGGAUCCCUAUUCCUGCCAAGGGCACUGGAGGAGGGUACGGAUCACCGAGCGCAGUCAACCCAGCAACGACGCAGAGGAGGAUGAAGUCGCGGCCAAAGUGGUACUUUGGAAUCCGGUCACGGAGUGCGCCCAAAGAGGUCAUGGCCGAGAUCUAUCGAGCGCUGUCGAACUUGUCGAUGAAGUGGAAGAUCAUCAACGCGUACCAUCUUCGGGCCAAGUACGUGUAUGCGGAAGGGUUCGAGGUUAAGAUUGAGCUCCAGUUGUAUAAGCUUGAUAGUGAGAACUAUCUGGUCGACUUCAAGUAUGUAGGACAACAAUCUGCGGACGAGUUGGCGGCGCGGACCGAGUUGAUGAAGAGUUUGAAUGAGGAGUGUGAGGCAGUGGCUGAAGCUGAGGCGGUGAAGAUGGCAAGGAGUAGUUCCGGUGCCGUUGUGCCCGAACUGGCGGAGGCUGUGAUUGUGAAUGCGGACUCCCCGUCGGCGCCGGCUACUGCGAUCGCACAGGGGGCGGCGCAUUUCGUUUCUGGACCCCAGGAUAUCCCUCAACCGACUGCAAUUUUGGGGACGAGUGUGUUGAACCCAAUGGAGCAUCAUCACCUUGCUGCGUCGAUGGGGUCCACACAACAAGGAGGGCGACACUCUACGAUCCCUUCGGUCAGCUUCCAGGCACAUGACGGACAACCGUCGUCGGAGCUUGGAUCCAUGUCGAUGUCAAUGUCGAUGAUGGGUCGCUCGUUGCCCUCUGGUGGACCUGGGAUCCUGUCAUCGUCCCUCUUGCAGGAACAACAGUAUCUGAAAGAGAUGAAUGAGUUGCGGCAGGAACGACAGCAUCACCAACGGCAACGGGAUCAGAACAAACGACCGACACAUUUGCUGUUCCCCCGAGCCAGUUAUCAGCUCGCCUCUGCCAAGGAGGUCACGUCCCCGUUUCCGUUCUUUGAUGUCUGUGGCAAGCUUAUUACUGAACUUGCUAUCGGUAGUGGUUAG